GCAGUACCUAUUUAAAGCAACACGCAACGAGAGAGAGACAGAAAACAAGAAAGAAGUGAAAAGAAAUCACACUGGAAGAAAUUUGAAGCGCAAAUGAUUACUUUUCCAACCCUAUCUGCAAAUGACGUACAAAAUAUCUGUUUUGGUAUUUGUUGCGUGAAUCUCGAUUGCAAAAUCUGACAAGGUAUUUUGAUUUAGGAACGUACCAAAUCAAACAAGCGAAAAACUAUAUUGUUGAACAUGCCAAACCAUCACUAAUGGAUGACGAUCAAUAUGAAUUCAUCGUCGAAGUUUUAUCAAGAUAUAAUGAUCUUGUACAAGUACGUUUUGCUUCCAAAUAUUCCAAUAGAAAAAAAUAUAUGGCUACUGUCCAAUUUGAUGAUAAGGAUGAUGAUGAACCAAUUAAAGGACGUUUUUGUACUUGUUUGGUCGGGGCGCGCAUUAUUGGAUGUUGUGCACAUGUAACAGCACUUAUAUGGCAUCUUGGUAUCUGUCGUGACGAAACUAUUCCUACUGAUGAUCAACUCUCCGCAAGCAACUUUCUUAGUUCUGUUGAAGACUGCAUUCAACAUUCAGAUGUGAUGAUGGCAGUACCGGCACGGAUCAAAGUGAAAGCGACGACAACUAAAACACUUCAUCUAUCUCUGUAUUAUGGACGUUUUCAUUGUUAA